AUGAGAAAUCAUAUGGCCGCCGGGUGGUUUUAUUCCCCCAGUCAAAUCAAACGCUACUUUGCAACGCGCGUGUCAAGUCUUAAGCCGCCCAAGGAUGCUAAACUAGUCAACCCAUGGACUAUUAUUCGAAAAGUGAACAGACAUCAAUGGCUUAUGUUUUCUGUUGGUUACCUUGGAUGGGUCUGGGAUGCCUUCGACUUCUUCACGGUUAUCAUUUGCCUUACUGAAAUUGCUGCCGACUUCGGCGUUGCCAACUCAGAGGUCUCAUGGGGAAUUACAGUCACUCUUAUGCUACGAUCCGUGGGUGCGCUCAUCUUUGGUAUCCUUUCUGAUCGAUAUGGAAGAAAAUGGCCCAUGAUUAUCAAUCUUGGGUUUUUUGUGGUUCUUGAACUUGGAUCGGCGUUUUGCACGAGCUUAACUCCAUUCCUGGCCGUUCGAGCACUGUAUGGAAUAGCCAUGGGAGGACUGUUCGGACCUGCGGCUGCGACUGCACUGGAGGAUUUGCCAUACGACGUUCGUGGGGUACUCGCAGGUCUAUUUCAAAUGGGUUACGACCUCGGCUUUCUUCUCGCCGUCAUAUUCUAUCGCGCUCUGGUGCCUACCACAAAACAUGGCUGGCGAAGUUUGUUCUGGUUUGGGUCGGUUCCGCCGAUAUUUAUCAUCAUUUUCCGCUUGUGUUUGCCGGAAACUCACCAUUUCCAAGCCAUGAAAGCGGAGCGUGAAGCGCGCCUUAAAUUGAAAAAUUCAGAGGCCGCCGAGCAGAAAAAGACCUCCAGUCUACGUGCUUUCUUAAACGACGCUGGAAAGGCUCUCAGACAGAAUUGGGUGAUGUUUAUCUACCUCGUUGUCCUUAUGACCGCUUUCAACUCGUGUGCGCAUGGAAGCCAGGAUUUCUAUCCUACAUUCCUCAAGGAUCAAGUUGGCCUCGCCCCAACCGAAAUCACGGUCAUUACAGUUCUUGGCCCUAUCGCGGCCAUUCUGUCCGGUCCUACUAUUGGAUACCUGAGCACUAUAUUUGGCCGUCGGCUCAGUAUGAUGGUUUGCUGUAUCUUCGGCGGAGCCAUCAUUCCUGCGUAUAUCCUGCCUCGCAAUCCAAACCAUCUUACAGCAGGCGUGUUUUUCGAGCAAUUCUUUGUUGGUGGUGUAUGGGCUCCCGUCCCAAUUCAUUUAUCAGAACUUUCGCCACCAGCUCUUCGCGGUCUUCUUGUUGGUCUGACCUAUCAGCUGGGUAACCUUGCAAGUGCUGCAUCGGCAACUAUCCAGGCAACCAUUGGCGAAACCAAAUAUCGGCUUCCUGACGCCCCAAAUGGUGCCAAACGAUUUGAUUAUGGGAAAGUUAUGGGUAUAUUCUUGGGUGCCACGUUUGCAUUCCUCUUUUUAAUACUAUUCUUGGGACCGGAAAUGUCGCAGGAAGAAAGAGAGACAGAAGAUGCAGCGGCAAAGGAGUUGGAUAGAUUGCAGAGAGAGGGCAAGUCUUUGGCUGAGAUUGGACAAGACAGAGCAAAGUUGGAGCAUAAGAUGAUGCAAAGCGAAAUGGAAGAGGAACAGAAAUUACCGGAGGAAAAGGCAGAGGUGCAGACUUUGGAGGCAAAGUAA